AUGACUCAAAAUAAAGAUGGAUUAUGGGUUUUGGGGUAUGGCUCUUUGAUAUACAAACCACCUCCACAUUAUACGCAAAGGAUUCCUGCAUUGAUAUAUGGGUAUAUUCGUAGAUUUUGGCAAUCGUCAAUUGAUCACAGGGGUAUUCCAGAAGCACCAGGUCGUGUAGUUACCUUAAUACCCUAUGAUGAUGUUAUGAAUGAUCCCAAAUACCGCACUGAUGUAGAAAAAUACUAUCAAAAUCAUAAUAGAGAACUAAAACACGAUGAUUUAACCACACUAGGUGUGGUAUAUUAUAUUCCACCAGAGUAUUCAGAUGAAGUGAGACAAUAUUUAGAUAUUCGAGAACAGAAUGGAUAUACUUUGCAUACUGUUUCCGUGCAUCUAUAUCCAAAUGAAUCACAACGUGAAGAAUUGGCUGAAUCUCUGUCACAUUUAGAAAAAGAUCCUGUUACUGGUUGUCAAAUUUUGCAAUCAUCAGUUUAUGUCGGGAUAACAGAUUCUAGUUCGAAUGAAGCUUUUGUUGGCCCUGAAGAUAUUGAAGAUACGGCUGUAGUAAUAGCUAAAGCAGUAGGGCCAAGUGGAUCUAAUUAUCUUUAUUUGAAAAUGUUAUAUGAUUCAUUGGCGGCUAUGUAUAAAGACGGAGAAUUUGUUGGAGAUAACAGUUACCGUAAAGACAUGUAUUUAGAUGUUUUAAUGGAUAAAGUAGAAAAAUUAUUAAAUGAAUAG